UUUAGACAAUUAAUCAACCAUCAUUCUCGGUUAAUUCAAGGUUUUCUUACUAUUAUUUUCUUUGGUUUGUAUAUCUCAUACUUUUCAGUGGAUCCGUGUUGUCAUCUAAAUUAUGUGUUGAGUUUUCUUUCAAUCAGCAUUCAUAUGCUAAAUUCAUUUGUAAUCGAUUAAGCAAAGUUUCUGUCUGAUAAAGAUUCGUGAAUCUGUGAAGCAAAAUUAUGUGAAUCGAUGAAUUGAAAUUGCAACAAAUCUUCGAGCUCAGAUUUUGGAUAUAGAUUGUUGAUAGCCAUUGUUAUAGGUUUAGGUUCAGUAAAAGGGUCAGUUCAUAGUUUUUCAUGUUCUUACGAGCACCAAAGUUUUUUCACCUAUUUAUCUUUUUAACAAUCUGUUUUUGAUUGUUUGUGUAUAUAUGAUCUGAACUGGUGUGCACGAUGAUUAAUCUGCAAAACCCACUUAUUUUGCUGGAAAAAGGUGGCUUCAUAUGAAUAUUAGUGUUUUUGAUUAUUCAAAACCUUAAAUUUGUCACCAAGCGCUUGCAACAUCUAUUUAGGUUGCACACAAGUUGCUCGAUAAAAUGCUUGAAUGAAGUUUUAUUCUCACAUUGGUUACAUUCAAGUGUAUGCCACCAUAAGGUAAAAUACUACCAAUUCUUACCUGAAUAAAAGCUUAUCAACAGGUAAAUCAAUUUUUAUUUAUUUAGUACAAUAUCAUUUUUAUUCUUUUUCUCAUUAAGGGUCGCAACGGAUCAGGCAUGUGGAAAUUCAACAGAAGUGGAAGUAUGUUUCGGAUACUUCAAAGGAAUACAACCCAGGUAUCACUCAUUGCAAUACAUGGUAGAUUUCGAGUUGUUACAGAUAAUACGCUUUUUGCAAUGCUGGAGACUGCAUUAGGGUCAUUCCCAGAUGUAGGUGCAUCUUAUUACUUAUCAAGACUACCUGGAUUCUUCGGAGAAUAUGUGGGUCUUACGGGUGCAAGAUUGGAUGGUGCUGAAAUGCUUGCAUGUGGUCUUGCAACCCACUUCGUCCCGUUAGAGGAGGAGGGUGAUAAAAACAUGGAUAACUGGAUCUCAUGGACUAUCCAGGCCUUAAAGAAAGCAUCACCAACAAGUCUCAAAAUUUCUCUUCACUCUGUACAUAUACUGCUUUAAGAGCCGGUGUUUACCUUGAAUCCGAUAUUUUACCACAUCGUGAGAUUGAUGCGGUUGACCCUAAAAGCCGACACAAGGGGAAUCUCGAGACCGAGAUCUUACUAGAGUCAAAAGGUGUCAACUACACUUCUAUAAGACCCGUUUAUAUCUACGGCCCGUUGGACUACAACCCUGUCGAAGAGUGGAUUUUUCAUAGGUUGAAAGCGGGUCGACCCAUCCCCAUUCCCAAAUCAGGUUUGCAAGUAACCCAACUCGGUCACAUAAAUGUUAGUAAAAGUGUAAAACUAAUAAUUAGUAGCAAGAGCUUGCGCUAAGGUAAAUUUCUUUAUAAUUUUUGAAGCUUUAAUCGAAAAAUUUAUAACAAGAUAUUUUACGAUUUAAUCUUGCAAGCUGGUGGAUUCCCUGAGCCCGAGAUCAUUCACUAUAAUCCUAAGGAGUUCCAUUACGGUAAAAAGAAAGCAUUUCCAUUCCAGGACCAGGUAAACACCAACUUAUAUAUAUGUGCGGAAAGUCAACCUUGUGUUUAACUUUUGUUAUCGAUAUAAACAUUGUUUGAACCUAAUCAUUCAUUGGCAAGUUCUAAAAUUUGAAACACGAUAAUCAAUUUGCAAACACGAUCGAAGACACGGGACACCCCUAUACAAUUUCGCAACAUCAUAAUCCAGAGCUUAUAAACGGGUCAAUUCAAGUUUGACCAACCAGUCCUAUAAGGUUUGGUGGUAGUUUUGACCCAUUUACUUUUCUAUGAGUUACUUUGGUUCAUUUUAAUCUCAAACUAAUCAAACACAACAAAUAAAAAAAUUAACUAAAAAGAGUUGAGCGAGUCAAAAGUAACCCAAAGUGUUUUUAAUGCAUACUAACUCAUUUUUUUAAACUAGGAUUUCCCAAUGAUUGGCGUCAUGGGAGGCGCGAUUCCGAUAGAACUUUUUGUUAUGGAAGAUCAUGUACUGUAUGAAUUUCUAGGGCUUGCACGAGAUGAAAAUGAAGAACAUGGGAGGCUAUUUUUAGAGCGAUUUAAUAUUUUUUUUUCACUAAACAAUGUAUUAAUUUUUUUAAAUCUUCUUAUUUUAAGUAAUUUGAUGUAACUGAAACUUACAGUCUCUUUUAUUGCCGAAUGCACUUUUAUAUAAGAUAACUUAUUUUUAUCUUUCAAAUAUGUGAACACAUGGUUCAAACAAAGUAUAGCUUGCACUCAUUCAAAAAUUGUAACAAGUUAACAAUUUGGGUUUGCAAAAGCCUAAGUACAAUUUGGGUCACUCAAAUAUGUGAUACAUUGAUUAAAAGUCUUUUGCAAACCCAAAAUUGUAACAAGUUAACAAUUUGUUGACCACAAAUCACAAUUGCCAAGUGAUGGCCUAUACGACAACAUACGUCAUUACGUUGGACAAACACCUAGAGGUAGCUGAUUGUGUUACUAUUAUUUUUUGCUUAUCAUUACCAAAACUAAAAAAACAAAAUUUCUCAUUGUUUUUCUUGGUUGUACACGAAUCCAAGGUAUCUUUAUUUUGCUUAGAAAAAUAUCGUGUAUUAAGAACCUUAGAAUAAUUUUUAUAUGUACACGAAUCAGUUGAGAAAUUCAUGAUUGGGAGCUACAUUUUUCAGUUUAAUGUAAUUUAAUAUCUACAUAA